UCACCUCAAAAAUCGCAAACAUGGACUUCAAGAACCCCAACAAAGAGUAUCGGACCACGCCUGAAUUCGGCGAAUACCAAGCCAACAACUUCUGGAAAUCCAACAACGGCCUCGUUCCGCCCUUCAACACCCACCCUGACAAACUCGAAGCCCGCGCCCGCGAAAAGCUCUCCGAAGGCGGCUGGUACUACGCCUCCUCCAACGCCGGCCUCUCCACCACCCACCUCGCGAACCGUCAAGCCUUCUACCGCCACAAAAUCAUCCCGCGCAUGCUCGUCGACACCAACAAGCGGGACACCGCGACCACCAUCUGGGGCCACAAAGUCGCCGCUCCGAUUGGGUUCGCGCCGAUUGGGAUCAAUAAGAUCUAUCACCCGGAUGGGGAGUUGCCGGUCGCGAAGGUGGCCAAGGAGUUAAACCUGCCGUAUUGUUUGAGCACGGCGGGGAGUCAACCGAUUGAGGAUGUGGGCAAAGCGAAUGGAGAGGGACCGAAGUUCUUCCAGUUGUACAUGCCGCACGAUGAUGAACUGACGGUGUCGCUGUUGAAGAGGGCGGUGGAGUCGGGAUUUUCGGCGUGUAUCUUGACGGUGGAUACGUGGCAGUUGGGGUGGCGACAUGAUGAUGUUGCGGCGUCGAAUUAUGCAUUCUAUCAUGGUAUUGGGGCGGAUUUGGGGUUGAGUGAUCCGGUCUUUCAGAAGAGAUUGAAGGAGGCGGGGAUUGAUCCGAGGACCCAUCCGAAUGAAGCUGGUGCGAAGUGGAUUGAUAAUGUUUGGCAUGGGAGAGCGCAUAGCUGGGAGAAGAUUCCGUGGUUGAUGCGGACGUGGAAGGAGUUGUCUGGUGGCAAACCGUUCGCGUUGAAGGGCAUUCAAGAUGUGAGGGAUGCGAAGAAGUGCGUCGAACUUGGCAUUGAUGGCAUCGUCGUGUCGAAUCACGCUGGACGCCAAGUCGACGGCGCAAUUGCCAGCUUGGACGCAUUGGAGAAGAUUGUCGAUGCUGUGGGCGACAAGAUCUACAUCAUGUAUGAUUCUGGGGUGAGAGGAGCGUCGGAUGUGUUCAAAGCUCUGGCCCUGGGAGCCAAGUUUGUCUUUGUUGGACGGCUUUGGGUCUGGGGAUUGUCGAUUAUGGGUGAGCAUGGAGUGAGGCAUGUGAUGAAGGGUUUGCUGGCGGAUCUGGAUAUCAUGAUGAAUGUUGCGGGUUGUCAGAGUGUCGAUCAGAUUGAUCGAGACUGGUUGGAUAGUCAGCCGAAGGGUGGAUCGCUGAUACCGGAGAAGAGCAGGCUGUGA